AUGGCAUCUUCACAGAAUCCGAGCACUUGGGGGCCACCAACAACUCUAAGAAGAGGAAUGAUCGAGGAAGCUUUACUAGUCUCACAAGUCCAGGCAGUCAACACCCAACCUGGACCUAUCGUUAGCUUCACCGAGCAGGAUGCUGAAGGUGUUGAUUUCCCAUAUGAUGACGCACUAAUAGCAUCUGUCCAACUAGCCCAUGCCAUAGUCAACAGGAUGAUGGUUGACAAUGGAUGUGCGGUCAACCUACUUCAGCUCUCAGUAAUUCAAAAGAUGGGCCUGGAAAACACAAUUAUACACCGAGCAGAGGUACUCACCGGAUUCAACGGACACACCUCGACUGCCAUCGACAACAUCACACUUGAUGUGAGAACACCGCCAAUUGUCUCAAAGAAAACGUUCACAAUAGCAAGCGACCCGUCUGACUACAACGAGAUUCUAGGGUGA